AUGACGCAGGGUCCGGGUGGCCGCGCGGCCCCGGAGCCCGAGGCGCCCACCACCUUCUGCGCGCUGCUGCCGCGCAUGCCGCAAUGGAAGUUCGCGUCACCCGGCGGCUUCCUGGGUCGCGGUCCGGCGGCAGCGCGCGCGGCGGGGGCGGCAGAUGCGCAGCCCGAACCCGGGGUCCCUGCGCUGGCAGCGGUGCUGGGCGCUUGCGAACCGCGCUGCGCCGCGCCCUGCCCUCUGCCCGCGCUCAGCCGCUGCCGGGGCUCGGGGACGCGGGGGACCCCCGACGUCGCCGACGGGUGGGCGCCCAAGGGCGGCUUCAUCCACAAGCCGGCGCACGGCUGGCUGCACCCCGACGCCAGGGGCCUGGGGCCCGGGGUCUCCUACAUCGUGCGGUACAUGGGCUGUAUUGAGGUGCUCCGAUCCAUGCGCUCUCUGGAUUUCAACACCCGAACGCAAGUGACGAGGGAAGCCAUCAACCGGCUCCAUGAGGCCGUGCCCGGUGUCCGGGGCUCCUGGAAGAAGAAGGCCUCCAACAAGGCACUGGCCUCCAUCCUGGGGAAGAGCAACCUGCGUUUCGCUGGUAUGAGCAUCUCGGUCAACAUCUCCGUGGAUGGUCUCAACCUGUCUGUUCCUGCCACCCGCCAGAUCAUCGCCAACCAUCAUAUGCAGUCUAUUUCCUUCGCUUCUGGUGGUGACUCGGACAUGACUGAUUACGUGGCCUAUGUGGCCAAGGACCCCAUCAACCAGAGAGCCUGCCACAUCUUAGAAUGCUGUGAAGGUCUAGCCCAGAGCAUCAUCAGCACUGUAGGCCAAGCCUUUGAGCUACGCUUCAAGCAAUACCUGCACAGUCCCCCCAAGGCUGUAAUGCCCCCCGAAAGGCUGACAGGGCUGGAGGAGUCAGCUUGGGGUGACGGUGAUGAGGCUCUGGACCACAAUUACUACAACAGCAUUCCAGGGAAGGAGCCACCUCUGGGUGGGCUGGUGGACUCCAGACUGGCUGUCACACAGCCCUGUGCACUGGCGACACUAGGGGGCCCGGGACAGGGAAUGUCACCUGCAUGGAGAGAAGCCCGUGGCUUGCCCUGGGAUAUGGGUCUCUCCGGAGCAGUCCUACCUGGGGAUGGCUAUGUGCAGGCAGAUGCUCGAGGACCACGUGACUACGAGGAGCACCUGUAUGUCAACACCCAGGGCCUGGACGCUAUCGAGCCUGAGGACAUUUCUGAGGCACCUCUGAUGCCUGAGGACAGCCCCAAGAAGGACCUGUUUGACAUGCGACCCUUUGAGGAUGCCCUGAAGUUGCACGAGUGCUCAGUGGCAGCCAGCAUCACUUCAGUCCCAUUCCCUUUGGAGGACCAGUGGCCCAGCCCCCCUACCCGCAGGGCCCCCAUUGCACCCACAGAGGAGCAAUUGAGGCAGGAGCCCUGGUACCAUGGACGGAUGAGCCGUCGGGCUGCGGAGAAGCUGCUUCGUGCCGAUGGGGACUUCCUUGUGAGAGACAGCAUCACCAACCCGGGGCAGUAUGUCCUCACAGGCAUGCACGCAGGGCAGCCCAAACACCUGCUGCUGGUGGACCCUGAGGGCGUGGUGCGGACGAAAGACGUGUUGUUUGAGAGCAUCAGCCACCUCAUAGACUACCACCUGAAGAAUGGGCUGCCCAUCGUGGCUGCGGAGAGUGAGCUGCACCUUCGGGGAGUGGUCUCCCGGGAGCCAUGA